AUGCUACGAGUAACGCAAUGCAUAUGCAUACUUCCGUUGUCCUCUCUUGAGAUUGUGAGUGCGACCAAUCUGCCUGUGCUGUUCGUCUGCAACUCUGCCAGCACGAGGGGAGUAGUCUUUCCAGGAAUGGGUGAGAAGCAGGGGAUGGCAGCAGCGCAUGCAGCACGAGAAGGGAUUGGGGUAAGGUGGACAGUGGUGAGAGAUAAGCUAGGGAGGCUGCAGCAGGAGAGGAUGGGGGAGGGGCAGGAGGAGGAGAAGGUGAGGGGGGAGGAGGGGCAGGUGGAGCUGGGGGAGGUAGACAGGCGAAUCAUUCUAUCCAAGGGUGGUGUAGCAGCAAAGGAUAUGUCGCGAGUGAGAGAAGGGGGUUUUGCUCGAAGUGGAAGCAAAGGGCGAGUUCAAGGGGUUGGGCGAGGGCAAGAAUUAAGGACAGAUGGGUUGAGGAUUGAAGGAGCAAGGAGGGAAGGACUAGGAACGGAGGGAGUAGGGAUCGAAGGAGCGUGGAGGGAAGGAGCAGGAGGAGCAGCAGCAGAGAGGAAUCAGGGACAUGUAUCUCAUGUCAAUGUUGAGGCCUCUCAGAAACACCCGCCAACACCCCCCUCCCCCUCCCUCAAGCAGCUUUGGGAGUGGUUUCUCAAGUCCACUCGGGCGAACUUUGCAGGGCUACAGAUACAGAGACACUUGUGGGAGAGGUUUCUCAAGUCGACUCGGGGGGACUUUGCGGGGCUGCAGAGGCACGUGGUGGACAUGGGCGUGCAGAUGGAGCAGCUGCGGGAAGAGAACCAGCGGCUCAGGGAUGCGUUGCAGCAACAGCAGUCUGCACAGGUCUUGGCGGUGUGGGAGGGUGUGGGGGAGGAGGAGGAGGAGGCACAGGGGAGGGAGGAGGUGCAGCGAGAGCUCUGGGAGGAGAACAACCAACUACGGGCUUCUCAUGCUUCUGAAGCCUGCGCGGAUUCUGAGGCACCUCAAGAAGCAUUGCUGGGAGGGAGCAGCGACCUGAAUCCUUCUGAAGCUUCAGAGGCUUCUGAGGCUUUAAAGGCUUCAGAGGCUUCUGAGGCUUUAAGGGCUUCAGAGGCUUCUGAGGCUUUAAGGGCUUCAGAGGCUUCUGCGACUUCAGCGGCUUCGGAGGCCUUAAAUGUGGGUCAAAGGACACUGGUAGAGGAGAACCGGGAGCUGCGGGAGAGGGUGGAGGAGAGGGAGAGGGCUGUGAGGGCGGCUCAGAGCACUGCGGACGCUCUCGCCAGUGAGCUGGCAGCAGCACAGUCCCAGUUGUCAGCAGCGCAGCAGCAGGCGCAGGGGGAGAGGGAGGGGCGGCAGAGGCUGGCAGGGGAGCUGGCUUCUAUGCAGGCGCUGCUGCUGCAGCAGAUGCAGGCAGUGGCAGAACAGAAGGAGCUGAUUGAAAGGCUCCUGGAGCGACAGCAGCAGCAGGCUGACGUUUUAGAGCCAGGAGGGCCAGGGACAGUGGGCCCAGGGGUAAUGGGUUCAGAGCCUGUGGGAUCAGGGGCAGGGGAAUCAGGAGCAGGGGAAUUGGGGACAGGGGAAUCAGGAGCAGGGGAAUUGGGGACAGGGGAAUCAGGAGCAGGGGAAUUAGCGGCAGGGGAAUCAGGAGCAGGGGAAUUAGCGGCAGGGGAAUCAGGAGCAGGGGAAUUAGCGGCAGGGGAAUCAGGGGCAGGGGAAUCAGGGGCAGGGGAAUCAGAGGAAGGGGAAUUAAGGGCAGGGGAAUCAAGGGCAGGGGAAUCAGGAGUAGGGGAAUCAGGGGCAGGGGAAUCAGGGGCAGAGGAAUUAGGGGCAGGGGAAUUAGGGGCAGGGAGAUCAGGGGCAGGGGAAUCAGGGGCAGGGGAAUUAGGGGCAGGGGAAUUAGGGGCAGGGGAAUCAGGGGCAGGGGAAUCAGGGGCAGGAGAAUCAGGGGCAGGGGGGUCACAGGUAGUGGAGUCAGAGGUAGUAGGGUCACCAAGAGGGAAUUCAGAAGCAGUGGGGUUAGGGACAGAGGUUGAGGAUUGCGAGAGUAGAAGCAAGGGCGAUGGGGAUGGGAGGAAGCGGAAGGAUAAGAAGGAGAAGAGGGAGAGGAAGGAACGGAAGGAGAGAGAGAAGCAGGAGAGAAAGGAGAGAGAGAAGCAGGAGAGAAAGGAGAGUAAGGAGAGGGAAAACCGGGAGGAGCGGGAGAAAGGGGAUGAUAGGGAGGAGAGGGAGGAUAGGGAGGAGAUGGAUGAGAGGGAGGGGAGGGAGCAGGAGCAGACGGAUUGCCUAGACAGGGAAGGUGCUAGAAGGGCAAAUUUGGAAGGAGUUCUGAGGAGUGCAGAUGGCAAAGACGAAGGCGACAGGUGUACUGAAUCAUGUGGUGCGGACUGUGGUGAGGGAGAGCGAAGCAGAGGCGGAGCAGGAGAGGCAGCCUCAGCUGUGGGGAGAAGGGAGGGAGAGCACAGAGAUCCUCGGGAUAAUGAGGUUCGGAGCAUUCGGGAAGGCAGGGCGGUUGGAGACGUGGCAGGCGGGGGAAGGGAUGGGGAAGCCAGUGACAACUGCAAACGGGUGAACGGGCCUGCAAUUGCCAAGUGA